CGCCGAGUUGGCUUCCGUACUCGUCCCACGUCUCCAUGGCGAGCAGAAAGACUUCAAAGCCUCAGAAGACUGAUGGAGACAAAUAUUCUGUUUUACUACCAACUUACAAUGAAAGGGAAAAUCUCCCCCUAAUAAUCUGGCUUUUGGUCAAAUACUUUGGUGAAAGUGGCUACAAAUAUGAGAUUAUUGUGAUUGACGACGGAAGUCCGGACGGGACACUCGCGGUGGCUGAGCAGCUGCAAACUAUUUACGGCGAAGACAAAAUACUUUUACGACCUAGAGCAAAAAAGCUGGGGCUCGGCACUGCCUACAUCCAUGGCAUGAAGCAUGCGUCAGGGAACUUCAUCAUCAUCAUGGAUGCUGAUCUCUCUCAUCACCCAAAAUUCAUUCCUGAAUUUAUCGAGAAGCAGAAGGAAGGCAACUACGACCUGGUCUCUGGUACUCGAUACAGAGGAAGUGGCGGUGUGUAUGGCUGGGACCUUCGGCGGAAACUGAUCAGUCGAGGCGCAAACUUUGUGACUCAAGUGUUGUUGAGACCUGGCGCUUCAGACCUAACUGGGAGCUUCAGAUUGUAUAAAAAGAAGGUGUUGGAGAGUCUGGUCGAGCGCUGUGUUUCCAAGGGUUACGUCUUCCAGAUGGAAAUGAUUGUCCGAGCCAGGCAGCUGAACUACUCCAUUGGAGAAGUUCCCAUAACAUUUGUGGAUCGAGUGUACGGCGAGUCCAAACUGGGCGGUAAUGAGAUUGUGUCGUUUGUGAAAGGACUGCUCACUCUCUUCGCGACCACAUGAUCGGUGACUUUCCUGCCAUCUCUGGGACCAUCCAGCUGAACAAUGAAUAUUGAGUAGCUGUACCACACAGCCAGUGCAGUAGAGUAGCGCAUCAGAGUCACAGUCCAUCAAAGCACAUUUGACCUCUUACUGGAGGACAUCAUGAAGCAGGUGUGCUUUAUAACAACAUAGCUCUUCCUUCCUGGAUCCUUGUUUCUAUUUUUUGUUUUGUUUUUAAGUACAACAAAGAAGGAAUAUGGAGUGGAGCAGCACUGAACCAGUGGCAUGUCUCUCCAGUUACAGCCCCUCGAAUGUUUCGAUCCACCAAGUCCCUCCUUUUUUUCCCCAAAACUAAGAGCUUCAGUUCUUAACAUGGAGUGUUCUCUCACUCCCACCACUCAAUUCCAACUUGCUAUUGUUGAUUGAAAGAGUGAAUUUCUGUUUAUGUUGUGCAUUUCCAAUAAAAAAAUAAAAUAAAAUUAG